AUGCCUCUUGACAUCGAGGAGAUUCUGCGGCAGAAAAAGGCCGCCGACGCCGCCACGGCGAAGCCGCGCUUCAUCCCCAAGGCCCAGCGGGAGCGCAUCGCCGCCGAAAAGGCCAAGCAGGACGAGGACGGCCGGAAGCGCAAAGCCGCCGAGGAGGCGCAGAAGCGAAGGGACGAGGAGCGGAAAUGGGCCGCGCGCUCCGGCGGAGGAGCCUCGUCGUCACGGUCGUCGGCCGCCCACGGAGGACUCGCCCACGGAGGACUCGCCAACGGACUCGCGCCGGUCCCUACCGGGCCUCGGUCCAUGAACCGGCCCAAGACGGACGGCAAAAAGGGCGGCGAGCGGACAAACGGCGACAAGAAAUCGGCAGAAGACAUCGAGGCGGCCCUCCUGAGGUCGAGGUACCUCGGCCCCCAGGUCAACGAGCAGUCGAGCUUCUCGGCAAAGAAGAAGCGCAUGCGCACGACGGAGAAAAAGUUCAACUUUGAGUGGGACCUGGAGGACGACACGUCGAGGGACAACGACCCCAUCUACGCCAGCCAGACGGCCAACCGGGGCUUCUCCCUCGCCGGCCUGGGCGGCGAGUUUGACGACGAGGCCGAGCGCCGGGCGAGGAAGCGCGCGCGGCUCAUCGAGGAGCGCGACGCCGAGCACGGCCGCGAGCGGGCCAAGGGCAUCAUGCAGGACUUUUACCGGGCGCGGGCCAAGGCCAAGGCCCGGGCCGACCGGACCGGGCUGGGGCGGCACUGGUCCGACAAGAAGCUGCACGAGAUGCGCGAGCGCGACUGGCGCAUCUUCAAGGAGGACUUUGGCAUCGCGACCAAGGGCGGCGCCAUCCCGGACCCCAUGCGCAGCUGGGACGAGUCGGGCCUGCCCCGGCGCCUGCUCGACAUUGUCGACCGCGUCGGCUACCGGGAGCCCACGCCGAUCCAGCGCGCCGCCAUCCCCAUCGCCCUGCAGGCGCGCGACCUGAUUGGCGUGGCCGUCACCGGCUCCGGCAAGACGGCCGCCUUCCUGCUCCCCCUGCUCGUCUACAUCUCGGACCUGCCGCCGCUGACCGAGGCCAACAAGAACGACGGGCCGUACGCGCUCAUCCUCGCGCCCACCCGCGAGCUGGUCCAGCAGAUCGAGACCGAGGCGCGCAAGUUUGCCGAGCCCCUCGGCUUCCGGUGCGUCAGCAUCGUCGGCGGCCACUCGCUCGAGGAGCAGGCCUUUGCGCUGCGCAACGGCGCCGAGAUUGUCGUCGCCACCCCGGGCCGCCUGGUCGACUGCAUCGAGCGCCGGCUGCUCGUCCUCUCGCAGUGCUGCUACGUCAUCAUGGACGAGGCCGACCGCAUGAUCGACCUCGGCUUCGAGGACUCGGUCAACCGCAUCCUCGACGCGCUGCCCGUCGGCAACGAGAAGCCCGACUCGGACGACGCCGAGAACGCGCAGCUGAUGAAGAGCUACCUCGGCGGCCGCGACCACAAGUACCGCCAGACCAUGAUGUACACGGCCACCAUGCCGCCGCUCGUCGAGCGCAUCGCCAAGAAGUACCUGCGGCGGCCCGCCACCGCCACCAUCGGCAACGCCGGCGAGGCCGUCGACACGGUCGAGCAGCGCGUCGAGCUCCUCGCCGGCGAGGACCGCCGCAAGAAGCGCCUGCACGAGAUCCUCUCCAAGGGCGACUUUGCGCCCCCCAUCAUCGUCUUUGUCAACAUCAAGCGCAACUGCGACGCCGUCGCCCGCGACAUCAAGUCCAUGGGCUGGUCCACCGUCGCCCUGCACGGCUCCAAGACGCAGGAGCAGCGCGAGGCCGCCCUCGCCUCGGUCCGCGCCGGCCAGACCCAGGUCCUCGUCGCCACCGACCUGGCCGGCCGCGGCAUCGACGUCCCCGACGUCUCGCUCGUCAUCAACUUCAACAUGGCCCACAGCAUCGAGAGCUACACCCACCGCAUCGGCCGUACCGGCCGCGCGGGAAAGAGCGGCGUCGCCAUCACCUUUCUCGGCAACGAGGACGCCGACGUCAUGUACGAUCUGCGCCAGAUGCUGAGCAAGAGCUCCAUCUCCAAGGUCCCCGACGAGCUGAAGCGCCACGAGGCCGCGCAGUCCAAGCCUGUCCGCGGGGGCGGCAGGAAGCAGGAAGCAGCAGAGUCGGCUGGCGGCGGGGGGGGGAUGAAAGCCGGUGGCGGAGGUGGCGGCGGCGGCGGCGGCGGCGGCGGAUGGUGA